AUGGAGUCAGCAAACCACAGUAUCAUAUUCAGUGUUUUGCUGGCGUUGUUGCUGUGUUUUGGAGUAUAUGCAGAUAAUAAAGUUUGUUAUGAGUGUUGGCACAUGUCACAUCCUCGGGAUUGCAGCAAUAUAGUAGAAUGCGGCUCUAAUCAGGUUUGUUUUGUUGAGCGGUACGUGACGAGCGACGCCCACGUCUAUUAUAAUUCUGGAUGCUUAUCAAAUCAGAGUUGCCAUAGCCAUUAUCCGAUUCUUGGACGACGUGAAUCAGAAAAUACGGCGAUUACAAAGCCUGACGUCACGGACCUCAAACGAUACAAUCCAUCACAAUAUCCGGACUGCUCAUCCUGUUGUCAGAGUGACUACUGUAACACCAAUCUUUGUGAAACUCACCAAGUAAAUUCCACGAAAAAACGCUGCCUGUCCUGCGAUAGCGUGGAACACCCAAGUGAAUGUCAUAAAGUGAUUGGAUGUGAUGUGGACGAGAUGUGCUAUACAACCUAUUACCUACAUACGUUUGGUGAAAAAAGAUAUCGACUAGGAUGUAUGAGGAAACAUGUGUGCGAUCAGAGUGGUAUGACAAAUCCAGUAGAGACACAUUAUUGUUCGGAAUGCUGCACGGGUGACAACUGUAAUAGAGAUUUGUGUAAAAACGUUGCUUCCGUUACCUCGGCUACUUCUCCUGUUCCAACUGCCAAAACAGUAACCUCGAUCACAACUACGUCAUCCAGUUGCCAGGAUUCUCUAAUACAGCCCUGCGCUAAAGAGAUACUUCCUAUCGUCUGCAACGAUGAAAUUAUGAAAUUCUAUUGCAAGAAAUCUUGUCAAAUUUGUGGGAUGACUCCAUUACCUGAAUCCGCGUGUUUCGAUACAAACCCAGCUGAAUGCAAUAACCAAACAAUGUUGCAAACUAUUUGUGCGAAUGAAGAAUUAGCCAAUCUGUUGUGUCGAAAGAGCUGUGGAAUUUGUCAUGUGAACACCGCUAACUCAGCAUGCAUAGACGUUGAUUAUCGAUGUUUUAAUAUAACGUUUCUGGCCGGGGCAUGUUCGGACCCUGCACGAAUGAAUCUGUGUAAAAAAAGCUGUUUUAUUUGUUCAUAA